AGCUGAAAGUGCUGAAAACAUCGUCCAGCGCCAAACAAAACCCGAAGCUUCGAGUCAGUCUGAAAGGAAAAUUCGUGUGAAAAGGAUCCUCCGUCUCCUUUGUGUGCAUAUUUUUAGCCAGCUACAUUAGUCAAGAGCAUCUCAUAGCUUUUGUCUCUAGCUAAAUCGUAAUAUUCGCAGAAGGAUAUUGAAGGACUCUUGUGCUGUUUUUUCUUCGAUUGUGCAAUUUUCACCUGAUUUUCUUCGCGCGCUUGCCUCGCCAGGGAAAUCAUCUUCCACACCCCUACGUCAAAGAAAGAAAAACUGUGCAAUUUUUUCUUCGUUUACCAUAACAAUCAAAAACUUUGCUAGAAAUCGAUUCCUUUCGGGCUCAAAUCGACUGAGAGUGUGAAAAAUUUACCUGUGAAAAAAGUUUUUCUUUUCUGCUGAGAAAAAGGAAAACUUGCCCCGCGCCAAAUCAAUUUGAACAAAGCGAUUAAACUGACCGUUUGUGUGAUAUAAUAAUUUUGUGCAAACCAUUUUCAAACGGAAAAAAGUGUAAGGUACUCGUAAACGAAAAAGUAUAACAAGUGAAGAAAAACUUCUGUGUGAAAAGCGAAUCUCGAAGCAACGCAAAAAAAGAAGAGCUAGAUCUCUCCCAACUUUUCCUUCGCGUCCGCGCAAAGUUCGCUUAAAUGAGUGAUACAAAUCAGAAAUGUUUCGGCAAAACUGGUGGAUUCUCUAUAAGUUUUAAUCAAGACUAUACAUCGCUUUCUGUGGUAUCUAAUCAAGGGUAUCGUCUGUUUUCCCUAUCAUCCGUUGAUCGAGUCGACGAAAUCUUCUGUAGCCAUGACGAGGAUACAAAAAUCGCCGAGCGGCUGUUUAGUAGCAGCUUGGUCGCGGUCGUUACCGCAAGUGAGCCGCACAAACUUAAGGUGUGUCACUUUAAGAAAGGGACGGAGAUCUGCAACUACAGCUACCCGUCCGAGAUCUUGUCGGUGAAGCUGAACCGAUCGAGGCUGGUCGUAUGCCUAGUGGACAGUAUUUAUAUUCAUAAUAUCCGUGAUAUGAGACUGCUACAUUCCAUCAAGAACAUGUCGAACAAUCCGGCCGGUUUGUGUACGCUGUCGCUUUCGUCGCACCUGGCGUACCCGAUCUCGGAGACCGCCGGAGAGCUGCAGGUCUUCGACGCCGGCAAUCUGACGUCCCGGUUGAAGAUCAAGGCCCACGAUUCGCCCCUGUCGGCGAUGAACUUCUCCUUCAAUGGGACCCUACUGGCGACGGCCUCGGAAAAGGGCACCGUCAUCCGGGUGUUCUGCGUCAAGAAUGGCCAGAAAGUGCACGAGUUCCGACGGGGUUUGAAGCGCCACGUUAGCAUUGGAUCGCUGAACUUCAGCAUCUGUGCGAGCUACGUGGUUGCCAGCUCCAAUACGGAAACCGUACAUAUCUUCAGGAUCGAUCCGAAAUCGAUCGAACAAGCCGAGCGCCGGAAUUGCAUCGAAAACGGGGCAGUUUCCGGUGGCACCAACAACAAUGACGGAGAGACGGCACCUGGUGCCGGAACCGACGAAGGUCAGGAGGCUGGCGGUUGGGGCAUGAGCUUCAUCGCUAAGGCCGUGACCGCGUACUUCCCGACCAAUGUGGUUACGGAUGUAUUCUCGCAGGAUCGAGCUUACGCCACGGUUCAGCUGGCCGAGGCUGGACUCCGUUACGAGUGUGUGAUUGCCAAGGUCGAGAAGGAGACCCGGCUGCUGCUGGCCUGUGAGGAUGGUUUCCUGUACAUCUACGGGUUCGACGAUUCCAAGGGCGGCGAUUGCAAGCUGAUUCGGGCGCACGAUUUGCGCCUACCAUUGUUCGGAAUCACCGAGGUCGACAUCGGUGGCAACGAGAACGACACCUCGAUCCUGAACGUGCAGAUGACUGCCUCGAUGCUACCGGCACGGGGCACCUAUGCCGGGGUCCUCAAGGGACGUCCCGGAGACAAAAUGUCAGCAGACUCGGACCGCUGCCGGGACCUGUGCGAGGCCGUCGAGUACCCGAUCAAGAACUCCAUCCCGCUGUUUGACGAAAUCCAGUUCCCGCCCGUGACUCCGAUCACCGUCGAAUGACUAGCUGGCGACCUGAAGGCACCCAAGAUCAGCUCAGUUUCCGGUGGUGAUGGAAAGACCAAACGCCAGGCCAAGUAGAGAGAAAAAACCACACAGAUCAUGCUGCACCACACCGCUUCUCCUUUUCCUUCUGAUGAUACGACCUUACAACAUAAAAAAACAACACGGAUGAUGACCAUUUUGUGGUCCUCGAUUGUGGACAAGUUUUUAGUGAGUACCCUAAGGUAGAUGAUACAAUGUAUGUGGAGCCCCAUUUAUUUUUUCAAGCAAGGCAUCAAUGUUCGUGAGUUUUAACUACCUUUCAUUUUUUAGAACGUGUACAGUUUUAAGACAACAAAAAAGAUAUAUGUAUCUCUCUGUUAUUACUUUUAAGAAAAAUACAAAAAAAAAAAUCUUGUCUGUUAAGAUGAUCGGUUGUCUUAUGUCAUAUCCUUUAAGUUAUAAGCAAUUUUUUGUCUUCUGGAAAUAAGUAUAACUUUUGCAUCCGUUGUGUAACACUUCAAGUAAAGAGCAGCGUUUUGAUUUACGUUUCUUCUCCAAGAGCAACGGUUUUCUGAAAACUUCUCGGGCACAAUUAUGUUUAAAAAAUGUUACUCUCUAGAUUGCCGUUUUAGUGAUUUGAAGUUAUUUAGUGUUGAGAAUGAAACAGAAGCAAUAGUAUUCAUGCGGUACAUGUGAGUUAAUAAAUCAUUUGCAAUCUACUUUAUUUAACUGAAAUCCUUUAUGUAUGCACUUAACACAUCUAUAUACGCUAAAUUUUUCUAAUGUUUUUUAUUUACGCUUCCCACUAUUUUUUUCUUACUUAUACUGCACCGCGCAGGUAGAUGGCAGAAUAAGCAAUGGAACACGCUGAUGGUGGAAUAACUUUUCAGCUACUGCCAUAGAAAAUGAAUAAAAAAAAUAAUUUAACAAACAAAUAAAAGAUACAAACACACAUAUUAGUGCUAUGUGAAAAACCUUAAAAAAUGA